GGUUUUCGCCGUAUUGUUCACAUGAUGAAAAGAAUAGCCACCUUACUGCAUAUUCACAUCACUUUGAAUACACGCAAACGUAUAGUCAUGGAAAUUCCAAGUAUGGUAGAUCUUGAUUUCAUAAGUAUGGUAUAUAUUGCACGGCAUGUUAUGUAGUAGGAAACCAAAUCUUGAAAGUACCAAGGAUAAAAGAUAUCAAGUUUGGAAAAAUGGCUUUUUCUACUAGACAGGACGAUAAGAAGACUAUUUACUUUUUACGCCAUGGACUCGUGGAUCACAAAACUGAUGAGGAAGGCGUUCAUAGAGAUCAUGAUCCCAUGUUGAAUCAUGAAGGUAUAAAGCAAGCUGAACAGGCUCGAGUUCAGCUUCGAGAUGCAAAACUUCCUAUAGAGAUUAUUUUUUGCUCACCUUUGCGUCGUGCUAUUGAGACAAUGCAAAUUGCGUUUCAAGACUACAUUUUCGAGGAUCAUCUUCCUGUAAAGAUCCUUCCGACUUUGCAAGAUUGCGGUGAUUGGGAAUGUAAUGUCGGAUCACCUGUCCCAGAGUUGGAGCAGCAAUUCCCUCGAUUCGACUUUUCAGCAUGUUAUGAAGACAAGGUGUAUCCUCGAAAGGAAGGAAUUCACAAGGCUGAUUUCGAGACAAGUGUAAAAAAGACAGAGCAGUUGGCUGAAUAUUUUGCAAGAAUACCUCAAAAGAGCUUUGCAGUAGUAACCCAUGGUGUCUGCAUUCGUCUCUUCUGUGGUUUCCAAAAGCCUGGUGAAAUGCUAAAUGCUACACCCAAGGACGAGAAUUCGUUUAGUGCUGGCCAGCAUGGAGGCUAUACCUUCCAUUAUUACAGUGAUAAAACUUGGAGAUUUACUCCACUUGAAGAAAAAAAGUAGACAAAGCAAUUCUUAAAGAGAUGCUACUGAAAAACAAUUUAUGUUGAAGACCCUAAGGACCCUACUCAGUCAGCAUGGUUGUUUGACGACUUUUAACGACCUAUUGUUAUGAUUCUACGAGAUGAUAAUCAAAAAGGAUAUGCCUUUUUUCUAGUAAUAAUAAUACCCUAUUUAUUAUGAUGCUACGUGAAUCAAUGUGCAGUUUAGUAAUAGA